CGCUUAUUUAACAAAAUGUGUGUUUGGUGCCGUACCCCAGUGCACCAGCAGUUCUGAAUAAAUCAUCUCCAAAAAGGAAGAAUAUUACGGAAAAAAAAAAGAAAACCAAAAGGACGAUUUCCUUCUUUUGACAAAACCGAUCUAGAGUACAUAAUAGAGUUUUUCACCAAAUGGAAGCCCGCGACCUCGACCUUUCACAAACGAUCCCGUUUCCCCCUCUCGCAUACGGCACCGCCAUUGUCCUCGUCAUCAUCACCGUAGCCAUCAUCGCAGGAAACCUGUUUAUUCUUAUCCUGUUUGCAAGAUACAGAUACCUCCGAAACGCCGCAAAUGCCUUGGUCUUUAGUUUGUCUUUUACAGAUUUGUGUAUUGGGGUCCAGAGACUUAGUUUGAUAUCGAUUCACUUGUCGAAGGGGGGAUAUGCCACAGGCAAGCUUGGAUGUGUUUUGGAUGGGAAUUUUACUGUAAUGUUUUCGUCUCAAUCCCUCCUAGGUCUCACGGCCCUCGGCAUGGAACGGUACAUGGCAGUCGUUAAGCGCCGGCCUUUGACAAUGAGACAAGCGAUGAUGGCCGUGGCCGCAACAUGGAUAUAUAGUGGGGUGCUGUGCGCGAUACCGUACAUGGUGAAAGGGGAUGCGUAUCGAUUGCAAAGUUCAUUUCUGUAUUGUACUGGUGACUGGUCCGGUAAAAGGCCAGGGACCAUCUUUUUCACCGUCAUGUGUCUCGCGACCGUCACUAUCGCCCUUGGAGCGUUUGGCGUCGCAUACUAUUUCAUUAACCGAGAAGUCCGCUUGGCCAGCAAGAAAUGGGCCCACGUCCAAGCAGGUACUGGAGAAGAGUCGUCAUCAAUGUCUAGUCCACCAGUGGUCGAUUCCACACGACCCAAUUCAGCAUCCACACGAAAAAUGGAUGCAUUAGAAGCUAAACUCGCUAAGAAGAGUUUAAUCCUCGUACUGGUCUUUGCGUUCAACUGGUUGCUUUACGAUAUCAAUUUCCUUUGGUCCAUGAUUGGCAGUGUCCAAGUCCCCAUGCUAUUAGAUUGUCUAGCCUUCUUGGGUGCGAUAGUAAACUCAGCUUUCAACCCUGUUCUUUUUAUUGUCCUCGAUAACCGAUGGGCGCGUUGCGCAAAGGAUUUCCUGGGUUGCUGGCCGAUGGGCAAAACGGUAGAAAAGGAUGCAACGCCGCAAGAGUCAGUCAUGAGAUCUGCACCCAUUAGUGAUCGAAGACAGUCGUUUGCAGUGAAGGGGAAGAUGAUGCCUUGAUGGGGUUACCCAUUUGGGGCAUACUUGAUGUUAUACCGCCUUAAGUCUAGUCCUAAAAGUAGUGUUACUUGUUUGUCUGGUUUGGCCGUCUUUAUGCAGUUGGCGUAGGGUCGACAACGAAUAUAUCCAGAGAAUGCACAUAUAGUUUGAACAUUCAUAG